GAUGCGAGCGCCGGCAGCCGCGCCGCCACAGCUCCCUGCCCGGGCGGGCUCCUCCCGCGGGUGCGCCUGAGCCUCCGCGCCCCGCCGCCCCGGGGCCAGAGAUGAUGAUCCCACCAGGGGAGUGCACGUAUGCUGGAAGGAAAAGAAGAAAGCCUGUUCAGAAACAGAGGCCCGCCACGGGGGCCGAGAAGUCAAACCCUUCCAAGAGGCACCGGGACCGCCUCAAUGCCGAGCUGGACCACCUGGCCAGCCUGCUGCCGCUUCCUCCCGACAUCGUGUCCAAGCUAGACAAGCUCUCUGUCCUGCGUCUCAGCGUCAGCUACCUCAGGGUGAAGAGCUUCUUCCAAGUGCUUCAGAAAGGGGGCCCACGGCAGCUGGCGGUCAGUGCCCCCUCCCCCGAAGACCGCGGUCUGAGCGCAAGAUCUGCCGUGCUGGAGGGAAGGCUGCUGCUGGAGUCUCUCGAUGGCUUUGCCCUGGUCGUGAGUGCAGAAGGCAUGAUAUUUUAUGCUUCAGCAACAAUCGUGGACUAUCUGGGCUUCCACCAGACGGAUGUGAUGCACCAAAACAUUUAUGACUAUAUCCACGUGGAUGACCGCCAGGACUUCUGCCGGCAGCUCCACUGGGCCAUGGACCCUCCCCAGGUGGUGUUUGGGCAGCCCCUGCACUCAGAGACAGGUGGGUCUUUGGAGGACGCCGUGCUGGGGAGGCUGCUGCGCGCGCAGGAGGGAGGCGCGGGCUCGCCCACGGACUUCUCGGCCUUCCUGACGCGCUGCUUCGUGUGCCGCGUGCGCUGCCUGCUGGACAGCACCUCGGGCUUUCUGACAAUGCAAUUUCAAGGAAAACUAAAAUUCCUGUUUGGACAGAAGAGGAAAGCGCCGUCGGGGACUGUCCUGCCCCCUCGGCUCUCACUGUUCUGCAUCGUGGUGCCUGUCCUCCUACCCUCCGUGGCGGAGGUGAAAAUGAAGAGCGCAUUUUUGAGGGUGAAGCACAGGGUGGACGUCUCAGCCUCUAUGGACACAAAAGCGAGAGCUGCUGCAAGUCCAUGUGAACCAGAAUUCCACGGGAAACCCAGUUACUUUGCAGGGAGGAACAACGGAGAAAACAUUCCAGUGCUCAGGACACAAGCGGAUGCGGGACGCUGGGCCCGGGUUCCAGCCAGGGCCCCAUGUGUGUGCCUCAGAAACGGCCCCGACCUCGUUUCUGACCCUGAGGGGGCCGCAGGGGACAGGGCAGGAGACGAGCACGGGAGGGUGCCCGGCGGCUCCUCGGGAGCCAGGGGGCUGAGGGAGAUACAUGCAUACAGUUGCUGCUUCGAGGCACCGGGACCUGUGAAGCACCUGAGCUGGAUGACAGAGAAACAUGGCCAGGAUGGGGGUACCAAGCUGAAGCUGGAGCCCAGCAAGAGUGACCCGUUCUCCGUGCGUGCUGUGUCCCUUGGUUCCUGCGUGCCCUGCCCAGGCGUUCAGGGUGCCGUCCACACCGGUGGGGUAACUGCUUUCAGGAAUUCACCCAGCUGUCACCCAGGAAGCCAUUCUCCCAGUGCCUACACCAGCCGCACCAGCAGAGCUUUGCGGGACAGCGAUCAGGGCCAGGUGCACCCUCCACCCAGCUGCCCCUUCCCCCAAGGGAGCCUGGACAAUGGGCUCCCUCAGCCCAGAGGGCAGUGUCUCACAGCAGUGGGCCAUUCCAUCGAGGACACCAAGUUUCGAGGUGGGCCAAUGCCCUCGGGAGCUCCGUGCAACCCCAUCUUGUCACUUGAUGUGCCCAUCAAGAUGGAGAGUGACUCUGGGUCUGAGGAUGCAGCAGAUGGCUACUCCAUGUCCCCAAGCCAGGUGUGGCUGGGGGCCAGUGGUGUGGCCAAGAGACAGCUGGUCACGUUCCCUACCAGGAUGCACCUGAAAACAGAGCCGGAAGCCAGGCACCACCUGUAUGCUCCGCACCUGGGGCACAGCUUGCUGGAGGCCCACCCGAGUGGCAGGGCUCCGCUCAGACCUGGCAGGGAGUUGGCCCCCUUCCACCCUGCACACUGUGCGUGCCUGGAGCGUGUGCAAGGCCUUCCUGAGCCAGAUUGUCCCCCCCACUUCUGUGCACAGGGCCACCAGCCCCCUGCACUGGGCUGUGACUGCAGAGCUCCAGGGACUGCGCCCAUCGUCAAACGAGAGCCCCUGGACUCACCGCUAUGGGCCAGUCACAGCCAGGGCGGGGUGCCUGGAAUGUUCCCCAAAAGUGCCGUGGCAACUCUGAUGCCUCCCAAAGCGCCUGAGUGUGCUUUCCUGCCAUGAAGUGGGGUGUUUGUAAAAGCUAGCCUCUGUCCACACUCAGACUCACCGCUCAGCUGGGAUGGCACAUGCAGGAUCAGAGCCUUUCUUCCGCACCGCUGCAUGAGUUCAGUCCCCUGGUGGGAGUGGGCAGCGUGUGUAAUGGCAUAGUCUGUAUUUUGUCAAGUGUCAUGCAAGUUCUUCAGUGCAAAGUGGUCUUAAGUCUGUUCAAGUAUGACCGUAUUUCUCUUUGAAGGAUUAAAAGUUUUCAGAAAGUGGCCGGAGUGAGACGAGUCAGCCUGGCAGGGCACCCCCCACUCUGAGAGGCAGUGGGCUCCUGGCCGACUGGCAGUCAUGCCGUAGUUCCCAGGGGUCUGCCCGCCCACUUCCCGGAGGAUUGACGCCUCUGUGGAGCAGACUGCAGACAGCAGGCACACCCUGCGUGUGAAUUAGGGAUUUAAUUCUCUUGAGCCACAGGUGCCAUGCCCCCAUUCCUCGAAGGAAUCUGGACGGUUCCAGGCAGAAGAGGCUGUGUGUGCUGGGGUCCUGUGUGCUGGGGGUGCUUCUCAACCCCACAGCGGAGUCUGAGGCCAUGCCCAGGUGCAAAUGGACAGGAUAAUGUCCCGCUCCUCCUGGAAGUCUGUCUGGCGUUUUUAAUGGGCCUCUGAAGGUGGUUCAUGCUAAUCUGUCUCCAGUACGUGGUGAACCUCGAGUUUACAGAGUCUGGGUUUGGAAGCAGAGAGAAGGACAAAAUGUAGAGAAAAGAGGUAGAAAGUCAAGUUGUCCAUGGGGGCUGUGUAUCAGUUUUCAGAUGAGAAUUCCAAUCACCGCCUAAGGAAGAAUUAUUAGACACAAGACAGACAGGAAAUGUUUUCUAGGAAAACCGUAAAGAUCAUACACUCUGACCAUAGAAGACCUGGAUGUGAAGGCGUAACUCAGAACGUGGAAGUCUCCCACAGUCACCACCAGAGAUGGACCCCCUGCCCCACGCUAGUGCACUUGGUGUGGGGUGUGCCAUCAGGUGUGAAGGCCACCGCCAAGCUUGCCUGUCCCGUGGUGGACCCGCUCCUGCUCCUCAGGGACAAGAGCAUCUGUCCCUAAAGUCACCUCCACCCGGGAGUCUCGGGAGGCGGCAGGAGCCCCCGGGCCAGGACUUGCUGCUCCACCAUUGGUACGUUCUGAUCUCCAGUGUGGGGCCUGUCUCUCCAUCUUCUGUGACUUCGGAGUGUGAGUCUUCAGCUGAGUUCAUGCACUUUCACCUUGUCAGAACUUGGGGCUCGGCCGGUGGACUGGGUCUUCUGGACACUUGCGCACACGCUGGGGUUGCCAGCCUUGUGGAAGGGUCCCCCUUGCGGGAUGGCAGGAGCUGAAGGCCUCCUCCUGGCACCGACCGAGAAGGUCACCCACUGGAGCCCAGGGCUGGGAGCAGUGUGGUCCCCUGGGGCCAGCCCAGCAGCCUCUCCCCCACUCACCUCGCUGAGGCCUUGCAAAGGGUGACAUUGGUGCUGCAAUAUCCCCACUUCACUGCCAGCGUCUCCCCCAUCUGUUAUGAUGGGGGCACAACCACCUGAGGACGCCGGCUGGGGCCCUCGGGCUGGCCCCGGGCCCUCCUCACAUGGUUCUCAUGCUGAGCACAGCACACCUCUGCUGCCUGAGACAUGGGGUGGUCUCAGAAUCCUCCUCCUUUCUUCCUGGUUAAACCCGGCACUCAGGUCCCACAUGUGACCGUGCACCUCCCUGGGGUCCCCAUCCGUGAGGGCACCGACCUCUCACUUCAUCCGUGGAGAAGUCACACAUCGGGCCGAGGCUGGCUGCAGGACCAUGUCCUGAGAUGCACUGGAGCUCCCCCAAGUGUAAUGCCUGCCCUUCCCCACCUCAGGGCCCAGCAUACAGGGAGUACUGCAUGCAUGUAAUGUGCAACCCGGAAAACACAGGACGGAAAAGGUGGAAUUCAGACAUCAUUGCGUGUUUGCACACUGUAGCCAGGCCGCAGUGUAACCAAAGAAGAGCUCCAGACAGGAGCCUCAGGGAGCAGCCGUUCCGAAGCACACAGUUGUCGCUGCCCACGAGGACCAUGGCACCAUGCCGCCCCCUCCCCACAGGCGGCCAGAUGCGCAGUUGGCAGGUGGACAGGUCCUGCUUCACUGACAGAGAAUUCGACACCUGGAAGUCAGCUCUGUGGGUCUUGUGUUCCAGAGAUGCCCAUCAUCCCCCUGGGCCCCUUGAACACUCCGGGUCAACACCAGCAAAAUGUCCUUGAGUCUGUACAUGCCCCUCCUAAAAAGGAUUGUGUGGGAAGAUGAUGGAAUGUAGAAGGUGCAGAUGUGAUCACUUCAGCUUUAAAAUGUCGUUAUCAGUGCUAAUUAUAGGCUUGUAUUUUUUUGUUAUCUCAUAGCUUUUGCUUAUAUAGCUAAAAAAUAUUAAAAUCAAAUGUAAUGUGGGAAUGGAUGGACAGGAGGAGAUAAACACAAGUUACAUCUUAUAUUUUUACAGCUUCUACUGGAGGAAAAAAGUUUUGGACAUCUAGACUGACUUGUUGACUUUUUAAAAAUGAAUACAUUUUAAUGAAACUUUUAAUACCGUUUUCUCAGUGCCUUUAGAAAGAGCCUUCACAUAUAUUUCUGAUACUGUGGUUUGUAUUAAAUAUGCAAUAUUGAUAUAAAAUAAAUCACAUGUUAAAUCAUGUUUA